AUGUUGUGUGGGUUGCGAACCGAGAGUGACUUCGUGAACUUGCUCCAGACGCGGUUGUUAAGGCUUCAGCACUUCAUAGCCCAUACAAAUACUGACUUUGAAAAGUCCUAGGUCAAUCUCAUUAAUGGCCCAUCUUCUUUGAGCCCAUUAUGGGUCGUGAGCUCACUGUUAGUUUUCAAGGAGCAAAAUGGAAGCAGAUGAUGAGGAAAAAGAUAAAGAUGUGGACUGUAUGCAGUGAAGAGUUCACAGUCUCCUAGAGUUCUCUCAGAUGACUUAAUGACUAUCUUUCCAUCAUCCACUGCGUCACCCUGUAGUAGUACUAAGACUGCGCCGAUCGAGAAGGAUAGUAAUACUUCGGUCCUUCUAAGUUUGGUGUCCGUGGACGAAAGGUCCCGCCACGCCCUCGAUGAGGCUGUGAAUGGUAGGCACGUCCGAAACCUGUCUAACAUCGGGAACACGACAGAUUUAGCGGAGCAGCUAUUUCGCAUGGCCGUGUCAACUUAAGGCUACUUAAAACUAUACCUAAGAAUUUGUGUUUUUUCCUAGUUGGGACAGCUCCACCACAACUAUACCUAAGAAUUAUAUUAAGCGGUUAAAAAUACUGCUACCACACUACUGCAUCCAUACCCCAUGAGUGGGCACACUACUACUCCUAGUACCUACUACUUACGGGCUUGGGCGAUGUCAUGAGUAGCGGUGUUGUAUGUGGGAAAAUGUGUGGCUGAGUAUCUGAAGGGCGGGUGGGCCUUCGCAGUUUUUCUACCUUAGGAGAUGCAAAUAAGGAUCACUUCUAAUGUACCACAGACAAAGCUUCUUAUCACUCUUCUGAUUCUGGAAUGAAUGACGAGGGCGAUCACGCUGUCAUCGCAGGGUCCCGGUCAGGUAAUAAUGCUACCGCUGGCUCUGGCAUAACAUAUGUUUUUACCACGUUGUACUAGUAUGCUAGUAUUCGGUAGAAGUUACUGGGACGAUUCGCACCCUCCCCAACACGUUCUUGAUGCGUAAUUGUUGAGAAACAGAAAUGUAGUAUGUUCUUCUAUUAUAACUGAUGUAUGAAACUAGAACAAGUUUAGAUGCAUCUUUCAACAACGUCCCUUUGACAGUAAUGUCACUCGAAUGCUUCAAGGACAAUUCAGGAACAACUUUUUUUCUUACCAAUACAGUCGGAGCAGAGGUGAAGGAUGGAGCUACCGAAGAUCAGCGGGGUAUCAUCGUGAUACUCUUAGUAUUACGGCAUCUUGAUACUAUCAAGUCCUAUUCAACACAGUCUAGUACCAAGUCACUUCAAUCCAAACAGGCUGAUACAGGCUGACGGAGCAACAGCAUGAACUCUUGGUAGACGAGCUAGAGCGCUCUGAAAAGUAUCCUACAGCACGUAAAGAAACUUAACCGGUUAGCUUUCCUUCAUAACUUUUAGGUUAGUCGCUUCAGCCAAUGCCUUUAGAAGUUCUUCAAGAAGUAGACGGUCACCGUAGCUUCCCUUCCCUUUCUAAUCCCUCUACCUUCGUGUCGCAUUUGCAAGGCUUUUAGCGAGAUGCACCGACUCGCGGCUGUGCGCUAUGGGCGAGAUGCACUUUUUGUAGAAGUCGAUGCCACUCUUGUUAAGGCCAAGGAUAAUCUGCCAGAGCGAUUAUUAUGAUUUCUUCUAUACUGGUUCUAGGAAGAUUAUGCUAUUGUGAUUUCUUCCAUACUGGUCCUAGAAACAGGAAGAUUAUUCUUGAUCCUUUUUCUUGAAUCCAGAGAGGAUGCUCUUGCAUCCAGAGAAGAUGCAACUACUACUGCGAAGAGGACAGCUCUAAUCUCCCUGAGCGCGCACUGAUGCGCCGGUUGAUUGGUAGAUACUUCUUCCUGCCUGCGGUUGUCAUUUUGCGUGCGCGUGGCAAGUCGACGCUGACCCAGCAGUGGGUGCAGCCCUACGGUCGGGGAUACGACAUGAUCCCGUCGUACAGGGACACUCUACGUGCGAUUGGCACUGACAUCCAUGCCCCCCACGAGGACGAAACUGUAGUCACUGAAGAUUGGCGAAGUCCCGCUUUCCUUAUGAACAAUUUACAUAAUACUAUCUGAUAGUGGUAAGUACGACGUAAGUACUUACGAUCUGAUGUAAUUCUCAACCUCAUUAGUCUUCUGAUAGUGGUAAGAAGUACGUCUGAUAGUGGUAGAACUCGUCAGGGAAAUCUUAGGCAGCUCGCCGAAUAGAUUAGUCAGGGGUAAGAAGUACUUAUAGGAUUAACAUCGGACAGUUGAUCCAUACAGUUCUAACUUUUUCCGGACAGGCGGCUUGGUCCUACAUCCUGUUCCUGCACUCAGAUGCGCGACACCAGAUAGCGAAGCGCGAUCCUCGAGCAGGCUCGGCCUCAUUGGGAGUCGACGCACGACCCGAGUUGCGUCAAAUGACACUCAUGUGGGUACGACGGGCCCUGCAAGCGCCAUGGGUGACAAAAUUACGGACGAACAAACUGUACUAUGUGUAACAAAGAGAAAGAUCUUCUAAACCUUCGGAUGAUGAAACAAGCACACAAAUAUUGUCUAAGAUUCACCGAGAACAGGAACACAACAUUGCGGCGGGUCCUCUGUUGAAGCGUAUUCGGCAGUCCGACGACAGUAUUGCUCACGCUACCUACCUCGCAGAAGAAGGGGUCAAACGGCUUCGGACUAGACUUGACGUUAGGGCAAAGUAGCCCAAGAGAGUAAUCCCUUCCUCGAUCAGUAGAUUGAAAUAGAAAUACUAGUUGUUUUUAGGGAAGGUACUUAAGAAAUGUUUCAACAAUUAUCUGGGAGUGGUAUGGCAAUCAUGAUGAUCCUUGGCUGUCCCUGCAAUCAAUAAGAGGAACUGAAAGAUGAACUACGUCAAAAGAAUUUUGAUGAGUCUCAAGAGAAAGUGUAGUGAUUUUGUGGUCUUCUAACUCAGACGAGGACCGCAUGAAUUUGCUCCGAGGAGUCGAUGCAGAGUUGAAGGAGCGUCGCAAGCGUCACGUCGCGAAGAACCAGCUCUCAGGAAUGAUAUGGAGGAUGAUGUUUUGUCUCCCAUAUGACAGACGAUCUUUCUAGGCUGUCCCUGCUUGUCCCCUGUUUAAAAUACUGUUUAUAGUGGCCAUAAGGGGGAGCCUCGAUCCCCUGUCUGUAGUUGAGGGGAGUAGACAAGAACACUCCCUUUUAUACAUGAGUAUCCCCGAAGACGCUGGCGGCAGCGGUACUGGAAUUGUAGACAUCAAAAGUCGUGAUCCACAAACCACAAGUGCUGUCGCGUCAGGAGAGCGCGCUAGUGGCUCCACGUCCACUCACCCAGAUUACAUUACGUGGAGAUUACAUUACAACUAAUCAGAGUAGUUUUCCCUCUAUUCUUGGGUGUAUCCCUUCAUGCAAUAAGAGUUGAAUCUGAUAGAGUAGUCUUUCAUCUCAAUUCAUACGUUACAACUUGUAGCGUCAUCAUAGCAGUCGUACUAGGGAAAUGGACUUCUAGACAUAACUUUGAUAUCAUGCUUUCCCGAAGCAAUAGUUUCUAUCUGCAACCACUGGAGACUGCCCAUAGGCUCAGAGGUCGCCAGGGUGUAGCACAUGAAUGAAUAGUCUACUCCCUAUCGCUCGUCUAACGCCUGGGUUGAGGGUCACGACCCUGCAAUGUGCCACUCGAUGUUCACGGAUUAUUCGGCGGCAGCACCCGAAGGGACAGCGAGGCUGUUGCGCCCUUACGCGUUUGGAGGCUAUAUUUUAAGGCAGACCAGAGACUUCUCUGACUACUACUUCUACUAAUAAUGCUGUUCCUUUGAGGCUGACCUCUGCUCCUGUUGUUGCAGAAGUUCUCCUUUUUUUGGAGAUGUCUAGCGAUAAUCGUGCGCGGCUCCGAUAUCUUAUAGGGAUAUUACAGAUAGUCUACAAUCAAGCUCUAAGCAUCCGCCAGUACCUAGAGCCUUGCUUUCGGGAGAGUGGCGGAACGGUACUCGUGGUCGGAGGUCGUCGCGCGGGUCGCUUGCCUUAAGGGAGUAAUCUCAUCCAAUCGUAAAUCAUUCCAAUCCAUGGUGAGAAGUGAUUGACAUCGCGGGAAGGCCUCUACAAGAAGAUAAUACGAUAAUAAACGUCUCCAUCUCCUGGGGGACAACUUUUUAGAACUAUCUAAUGUGCAGACCAGUUGGUCGAGGCAGGCAUUCCCGCGAAAGCGUUUGCCGAUAAACAAGAGGAAAUUUCCGCUUUUAGCAAGGGAGGCCUCGGUUCGGUGAUCGAGGUGUUCGAAGUUAAGGCUCGUUUCCACCGAGUUACAUUCCCCAGUCGUAAACCAUCCUUGGCGCUUUUCCCUUUCUCUUUUUCCUUCCUUCGCCUUUUUCCUACUAGUUUGAAACUUUUUCCUAUGCUCCUUUCCAAGCCAGGGAUGCUCUGAGAUAUGCAAGUCCGUAACCUCUAACGAAGCCAUUCCCAGCGCAGCGCAGUUCGUGGUCUCCUUUCUUCUUACGAGAAAUGAACAAAUUCUAGAUGACGACUCGCAAUAUGUCAAUAUAGCAUCGCGAAGCGGGUAUCAACAAGUUUCAAGUUCUAUCAUUUCUUUAUACUAUAAUAUAGCAUAAAGAUGAACAGCACUCUAGAACUAGGUACAUCAUCAUCAGGCAGCUCAGGUUUCCACGUGGUUCCUCACUAAUGAAUGAAAGAGUGAGGACUAGAAUUAUACAUACCUCUUCUUCGAAUCUGCGCAUAGCCGAAAAUUUGCCCUGCGGCGGGUAUUACGUGCACAUUGGGACACAAGAUUACACAGCGGCGAUGGUGGAGAUGCUGGCUGAUAGAACCUUCUGGAGGAUCCAUGUCUGCGAGACGCUGCCAAACUUAUGCUGUCUAUAAUUUUAGCAUAAUAUUACCUCAAAGAACAGUGAGCAGUACUGGCCAUGCAUUUUUUUACAGACGACCUUGUUGCUUCAGGAGCUUGGAAAAUUCUUCUAGUACACGAGUUCGAGCUCAUUCCUUCUCACAUUCUUUGUCCCCCUUUAGCUUGUUCAGAAGUUCUUCACGGCAACCCGUAGAAUGACAAUGGGUGUUGAGAGUACCUUACCGUACCCCCGCCGCUGCAUCGUAGCAGCUCUUCGGCGUAGUUGGAUAGGGACUUUAGAGAAGAAUCGUAGUCUCGCAUUCUCUGUCUCUUCUAACGGAUUAUGAGCAAGAGGGCAAUAGCGUGAUCCUCGUUGUUGCGCAAAAGAUCCGCGCUGACGAUCGCGCGAGUGGGCUUUUCGAGGCUUCGGCGGAAAAGAGCGGUGGGAGCAGUGUUGCUCCGCAACUACAGGAGAAAGGGAGCAGUUCCGCGGCCGCAGCUAGUUCCUCCUAAAAAGUGUGGCUGGCUGUUACUACUAGUUUGGGUUGGUUUAGGGUUGAGGGGGACUCAGAGGUCACAGAGCAGGAGGGCUAUAGCUAGUUAAGGCUUAGACGCCUGGCUGGAACUAGUUAGAGACCGACCCUUAAUAGAAAUAGGCUUUAACAAGGGUUGGAAUUCUUGGAUAACUACCAAAAAUUGGACUAAGAAGGCUUUAGGAGUACAAGAUGCUGAAAUCACGAUGUUGGGAUGGACUAGCUUCUUCUAACGGGGCAAGUACCUGAUAGUUCUCCGUGAACGAAGGGUGUACUUUAGAAGUCCUCUUAGUAAAAAAGGCUGUCCUGCAGGGAGUGGCGUCGUGGAAGUCCUGUAGGGAGUGGCGUUGUGGAAGUCCUGCUGUGUGACAAGUGGCAUUAUAAUACUAGGUGGGGGCGAGGAGUAACCCUGCUGAAUUUCAAGUCGAUCAGCUAGAUAAUAUCUUACAAUGCCAAAUUUUGCCUACUAACGAUCUAAGGGUCAAUGGAUUUGAACGUAUGACAUAUAUUUUCAUCCUUGGCAAAAGAAUUUUAUUGCGUAAGUACUCAUAUCCAUGUUUCGAUUUUUCCAUGUCCAAAAUUGCUACUUUUAUAAUUUGUUGUUCAACUAUCAGAAUCAGUCUACUGAUGGCGCCGUUUUUCUAUAUCACGAUUUCUAACUAUCAUUAGCAAUAACAUGCUUUCAUCAUGAUCGUCUUCAGUCUACUUUACAUGAUGGACACUAAAUUGCACAAUUGGACAAUACAUUUAACCCGUUAUGCUUUUGUUCGAGAAUAUUCUUUGAUGUCUAUCGGCUGGAAGCGUGAUUCAUGUUUGUUCUGUCGUAGCAUCCAUCUAUCAUUUAUAAGUGACUAAAAAAUCUACGUAGGCACCAGAUCUAUUUUGAGUAUGAAUAUAGCUUUGCUUUGAGCAGGUACAAUCAUCAUCGUCAUCAUAGAGCUUAUAGGGGGUGCUAGGCCAUAGCUUCUAUGCAAUAUUGUCCCUUAGGUGGUUAUGUUGGACUGCGACAGAACCACACGCAUGACAUUUCGGCUGAUCAACGCGAUGCUGCAGAAGGAGACACUCAUCGUCUAAGUUGGAGUCGGCGUAUUUGGUCUCAUGUUUGUAAGAACAGACAAGAUUUCUCUUUCAUAGUUUUGCGGACAAGCGAUAAUGUCUUGUUGGCGUUUCAUUUUACGUGGAUUCGCACCUAACCGACCCUAUCGCCUUCGAUGGCAGGAUUGGCACGAGCUACAUUCAUGAAAUAAAACGUCCCAAUCAGCUGUAGGUGCUAGCCUAUGAUGCAGUUGUAGGUACUUGAAUAGGUGUAAUUUCUGUUAUUCUUAAACUUCUAGGGUCUACACGCAUUUUUUGGUUAAGUUGUGUCUUGAUGGAGGUGAUAUAUUUUUCUUUAUAUAGUCUGCAGUUAGUGAUCCUUCUACGUAAUGGAGUACUUAACGGAAGAGGACGAGUGCUCCCGGACGAACUUGUUGGAACGUUUGAGUCUAUAAGGUUUUUGGAAGCGACUGGGGACCCUCGAAACAGCAUUUUUACUGCCUCACGAAUGGGGAAUUACAGGGACAGUGACUUGAAAGUACCAAGUCUACAUUUGAUAUUGUUCCAAAAUCAUCCCCGAAUUUAGCUUGUGACUUCGACUUGGUGGUACUACCGCCCUCUCCAUUGUCUGUGACAUCGUGUACGUCGUGUGCUCUGAUUACAAGCUACAUCUUUGUUGUUUUUUGCUGACACACAUGGAUCCGAAGUAUAAAGUGCCAUACAAAUAACAUGGAGUUUUUCGGAGUCGUAUGAUGUCUUAACGACGGAUGGAAGAUUGAAUGCUUCGGAUUAAUAUCCAUACGAAAAUGUUGCACCUACUUCUAAUUCUAAGCACGACAGCGUUUGCGAAAUAUAGAAUCAUAUCCAAACUCAUCACAGUGAUUUGAAUUUCUGCAAAAGUGAACUACUGAAAAUCCUGCCUAGAUGAAGUGCUGACUGGCAGUCGUGGACGCC